CUUACAGCGGAGUACCCACGCAAGGUUAUAAUCCCGCCCCGUUGUUACCCGCACUCGUCAUCGUCGGCGCCGUCGGCGUGGAUGGUGGCGGUGGCGCAAGUGCCGGUGCUGGUGAUCAUCCACCCUCGUCCUGCCCAGUUGUUGUUAUCGUCCGGCGCAUCUCGCACCAAGGGGAACCGUCCAAUAGAAAUUCUCUUCUCGCCCAGACGCCCCUAAGGCAAUUGGUUACGGGAGGAAGGACAGUGAAGAAGAGAGGAAAAAGAAAGGACGGGGAAAACAAACGAUAAGGAGCCAUAUUUUUCGGCUCGUUGUGCCAUUCGUCACGACCAAGAGCGACGAUUGAUAUGCCGAACGAGUUGUCCUCGACGACAUAGAUGGAUGGCAUCUAGAUUCUGUGGAUCGCAGUGCAAAAACUGAGGGGUCUGGGGUUCACGAAGGCGAGAAGAAAUGAGGUGGACGUGACACAAUGACAUGAUGAAGAGCCUGGUGGGGAUCAUGUGGAUAGUGUUGGUGCUCAUAUCAGGAUGCUCAGGAAAUCCAGACGCGAAACGAUUAUACGACGAUCUCUUAUCGAAUUACAACAAGCUGGUUCGUCCAGUGGUCAACGUCACAGACGCCCUCACCGUUAAAAUAAAGCUCAAGCUUUCGCAGCUUAUCGAUGUGAAUUUGAAGAAUCAGAUCAUGACGACGAACCUCUGGGUCGAGCAGUCAUGGUAUGAUUACAAGUUGAAAUGGGAUCCGAAGGAGUACGGUGGGGUGGAAAUGCUGCAUGUGCCGUCAGAUCACAUAUGGAGGCCCGAUAUAGUUUUAUACAACAACGCCGACGGUAACUUCGAGGUGACGCUGGCGACGAAAGCGACUCUCAACUACACGGGCAGAGUCGAGUGGAAGCCGCCGGCGAUUUAUAAGUCUUCCUGCGAGAUCGACGUCGAAUAUUUUCCUUUCGACGAGCAGACAUGUGUGAUGAAAUUCGGUUCGUGGACUUACGACGGCUUCCAGGUCGAUCUUAGACACAUCGACGAGGUUCGAGGCAGCAAUGUCGUUGACAUCGGCGUCGAUUUGUCGGAAUUUUAUACUUCCGUCGAGUGGGACAUACUAGAAGUCCCUGCUGUAAGAAACGAAAAGUUUUACACGUGUUGUGACGAGCCUUACCUCGACAUCACUUUCAACAUCACCAUGAGACGGAAGACUCUGUUCUACACCGUUAACCUCAUAAUACCCUGUAUGGGAAUAUCAUUCCUCACGGUGUUGGUGUUUUACCUGCCAAGCGACAGUGGAGAGAAGGUCAGCUUGUCCAUCUCAAUCCUAUUGUCGCUGACUGUGUUCUUCCUCUUGCUGGCCGAGAUUAUCCCACCUACGUCGCUCGUGGUACCGCUUCUUGGUAAAUUCGUCCUUUUCACUAUGAUCCUCGACACCUUCAGCAUAUGCGUAACAGUGGUGGUCCUGAAUGUACACUUCCGUUCGCCGCAGACCCACGUAAUGUCGCCGUGGGUCCGACGCGUGUUCAUCCACGUUCUGCCGAGGCUGCUGGUAAUGCGCAGGUAUAAUACGCCAUCGCAGAGAACCGAUUACGAUUCCAGGCCGCAAUAUCAGAUAGAUAAGCGUGGCAUGGGCGGGCAUCAUGGGCAUCGCGUGAUGGUCAGAACAUGCAAUGGUCUCGAAUUGCGAGACCCAUCACUGUUCGUUGAGUCCUCGGCCUCGGAGCUGGUCGAGUCCUCGGUGCUUUUUCCUAGUGUCGACUCACGGGACGAACUGCAUCCUCGGGAGUUGGAAGCAGUAAAUUUAGGAAGCACGUGCCGCAUCCACGGUUCGCCAGCGGCAACGGCCGCGCCGCCGCCGCCGCCGCCGCAGCUUCCAACAGAGGAGAGUGUCGACGCUCUCUGUAACACGCUUCACCACUGGCAUCACUGCCCAGAAUUGUACAAGGCCAUAGAAGGCAUCCGCUUCAUCGCCGAUCAUACGAAGAGGGAAGAGGAUUCUACUAGAGUCAAGGAAGAUUGGAAGUACGUCGCGAUGGUACUCGACAGACUAUUCCUUUGGAUCUUCACACUAGCCGUAGUCGUCGGCACGGCCGGGAUUAUAUUGCAGGCGCCGACCUUGUAUGACGAUCGCAUCCCCAUCGACGUACGGCUCUCCGAAAUCGCCUCCACCACUGCCAAGCCACACAUCGUCACGAGCCUCUGAGGGACAAUUACUAAUUGCAUUAAUGCCGCGCGCGUAAAUACACACAUAUACGCAACAACCUACUACCACUAUUAUUAUUACAUCGACACAGGCGACAAGAGUGAAAUGUAUUAACGUCCGAAAGACUGAAGCCUUCGCGAGAUCUUCGACUUUUCCACGCGUGAGUGCGUGCGUGUCGUUCGACUCGUCGCGCCGCUGCCGAACGGAGAAUUCUUAUUAUUAUGGAUUCGUUGAUACUCAGACUUCUCAUUUUUACUCGCUAUAUAAGGAAAUGACUGGUUAAUAAAUUAUAUAUAUAAAAAAAAGGAUGAAAGGAUGAAAGGAGAACCGAAAGGGGAACCCGAGCAGCUAAUGGCUUAAGGCGAUGUGUAUUUCUUGUUUGAUCUCUUUCAUAUUCAAUGUUUAAAUUAAUUCUAAGAUUUCUACGGCUAUGUAAGAAAACUAAAGUAAUUUAUUUUUCCCAAUCGUAAAUUUCUUCAAAAUCUUGAGCUUGAAUAGUAAUUUAGUAAUCCUAUCGAAUUUCUUUUUUUCUCCGUUAAGCCUAAAGCCAUUUCAUUGCUGUUUAUAACGAAAUAAGCGAAAUACGCUUGUAUAUUAAUUGUGGCCUAUAGGAAAUAGUGAUUCGUUGUCACGCGUUGAUUUUUCUCAUCUUUCUAAGAAUUCCCGAGCUACAGUGGAAAAUGAGGGUGAUAAAAGAAGAAGUGUGACACAAUGAAGACCAUGUCUCAACCAUUUGCACGCCGAUUGUUUGAUUCCGUGUAGCACAUGGACGGUGUAAGGAGUUCGUAACGUGUAGGUAAUAUAAUCCGACCGAUGAACGCGUGAUAGAUCUUCUUAUUUCUCGAAUUAAAUCGAAAGAAAAUUAUUGCGUGGAUAAAAUUGCAAUUACAAAACAAAAUAAAAAUUAGCUUGUUUUUAAAAAAUUUAUACGCGAAGAUGUGCGGAUUAAUUAUGACGUGAAAUUACACAAUCGUCAUCGAUUGAAGAAUAUGUAAUAGUUUAUACAAAUCCAGAUCAAUUACUUGGGAGAUAAAUGAAGAGUCAAAAACAAAAAAAAA